GUGUGCGCAUGCGUGCCCGGUGAGUCGCCAGGGAUCCAGCUGGGAGCGAGCAAAGGGUCGGUGGUCGCCAUGCUUCGGGGGCUUCUGCGGGCGCCGCGACUGGGGCGGACAGCGAUUUUAUUCAGGUUCCAGAGUACCCUGGUGGUCGCUGAACACACAAAUGAGGCCCUGACGCCAAUCACCUUAAAUGCCAUCACUGCGGCAAAACGGGUCGGAGGCGAAGUCUCUUGUUUGGUCGCUGGCGUCAACUCUGCCACAGGUAGCGCAGGACCUCGGCAAAGUCCAAGGAGUCUCCAAAGUCCUUCUCGCGCAGGGCGACGCGUACAAAGGAUUUCUGCCUGAGGAGCUGACGCCACUGAUCUUGGCAGCUCAGAAGCAGUUUAAUUACACGCACAUCUGUGCCGGCGCAUCUGCCUUUGGGAAGAGUCUUCUUCCAAGACUGGCAGCUAAGCUGGACGUGGCCCCCGUUUCCGACAUAAUCGAAAUUAAGUCACCAGACACAUUCGUGAGGACUAUUUACGCAGGAAAUGCCCUGUGCACCGUAAAGUGCGAAGAGAAGGUAAAGGUUUUCUCAGUCCGAGGCACGUCCUUCGAGGCGGCGUCCUUAAGCGGCGGCAGUGGCAGCUUAGAAAAAGUGUCGGCUCCUUCAGCGGUUGGCCAGUCCGAAUGGAUUGGGCAAACCCUCACGAAAAGCGACCGUCCCGAGUUGACCAGCGCAAAGGUCGUCGUGUCGGGUGGACGCGGCUUGAAGAGUGGAGAAAAUUUCAAAUUGUUGUAUGAUCUCGCCGAUCAGCUGCAUGCAGCAGUUGGAGCCUCUCGCGCGGCCGUCGACGCGGGCUUUGUCCCCAACGAUAUGCAGGUCGGACAGACGGGCAAAAUCGUAGCACCAGAGCUGUAUAUUGCUGUGGGGAUAUCUGGAGCGAUCCAACAUCUAGCAGGAAUGAAAGACAGCAAGACCAUUGUAGCCAUCAACAAGGAUCCGGAAGCCCCGAUAUUUCAAGUCGCAGACUACGGUUUGGUGGCGGACUUAUUUAAGGUUGUUCCUGAGUUGACUGCGGCGUUGAAGAAGUGAAAACGUGGAAGAAGCGAAAACAGCUAAAUUAACUUUGUAUCCCACUUAAAAACCAAAAUAAUUCACAGUCCAGUCGGUUGCCAAAAUUUAGGUUCCAGAUGACACUCGAAUGCCUUGUAAUGUACAGAUUUGCCUUGUUCUGUUUUCUGUUUGGCGACGAACUAUUUUCUCGAAUAUUUUUCUAAUUCUGCAAUAAAACGCACCGCUGAUUUCCAAA